AGAGAGAGAGUGUGCGGAGGGGAGAGAUGGCGCGCGCUGCUCUUUGUUUGAACCAGACACUCAUCGUCUGUACCAAAGAGAGUGAGUCGAGAGUUAAUCUCCCUGACAAGAUUCUGAAUUCUAGGGUUUUGGUUCUUGGAGGAACUGGGAGGGUCGGCGGUUCUACUGCCACUGCUCUCUCUAAGCUUUGUCCUGAUCUCCAAAUCGUCGUUGGAGGAAGAAACAGGGAGAAAGGAGCUGCUCUGGUGGCUACAGUUGGCAAAAACUCUGAGUUUGUAGAAGUUGACAUUGAGAAUAUGAAAGUCUUGGAAGCGGCGUUAAAUGAUGUGGAUCUUGUAGUUCACACAGCAGGGCCUUUUCAACAGGCAGAGAAAUGCACUGUGCUGGAAGCAGCAAUAGCUACCAAGACGGCGUAUGUGGAUGUCUGUGAUGAUACAAGCUAUGCACGACGUGCAAAAUCUUUCCACAAGAAGGCAGUAGCUGCCAAUAUUCCAGCUAUUACAACUGGUGGAAUUUACCCUGGAGUGAGCAAUGUGAUGGCAGCUGAGCUUGUGCGUGCUGCUAAAAGUGAAAGCAAAUACGAGCCUGAAAGGCUAAGAUUCUCCUAUUACACAGCAGGUUCUGGUGGUGCUGGUCCAACAAUAUUAGCAACUAGUUUUUUGCUCCUUGGAGAAGAUGUUAUUGCUUAUAAUAAAGGAGAAAAAGUCAAAUUAAAGCCUUACAGUGGAGUUCUCAAUGUUGACUUUGGAAAAGGGAUUGGAAAGAAAGAUGUUUAUUUAUUAAACUUACCCGAAGUAAGUAGUGCUCAUGAGGUCUUGGGUAUACCAACCAUCAGUGCUCGAUUUGGUACUGCUCCCUUCUUUUGGAAUUGGGGAAUGGAAGCUAUGACAAAUCUUUUUCCAGCAGAAUUUCUGAGAGACAGACGCAAAGUUCAACAACUGGUUCAACUUUUUGACCCUCUGGUCCGAGUUAUUGAUGAAAUUGCUGGAGAGCGUGUUUCCAUGAGGGUUGAUUUGGAGUGCUCAAAUGGGCGCAAGACUGUUGGAAUAUUCAGUCACAGACAACUUUCUGUAUCAGUGGGCAUUGCAACGGCUGCAUUUGUAUUGGCUGUUCUUGAAGGAAACACAAAACCAGGUGUUUGGUUUCCAGAAGAACCUGAAGGUAUUCCAAUUGAGGCCAGAGAAGUGCUUCUCAACCGCGCUGCACAAGGAACAAUUAAUUUUAUAAUGAACAAACCUCCUUGGAUGGUAGAGACUGACCCCAAAGAGGUUGGAUUGGGGAUAUACACGUGAAGAUACCUAAAAGCAAUAUAAACAUGUAGAAUUUUCUCCUUCAGCUUCCUUCAUAUGGUACUGUUACAGGUAUUGGAUGCUGCAAUAUUAUUCAAAUGGUAGUCAACAUCAUCUUCUGGUUGAUGAUACAUAACUGAAUUGAUCAUUCUUUUGACAAAAUGAGUGG